GGAUCACGUUAGAAAUAGGACUGCACUUGUUUACGACAGCAACACACGUUUUACGGCAUCACGAUAGCAAAAUGGCGUCUGGCAGUGGGAAUUCCAAGAAUGAUUUUCGUCGUAAAUGGGACAAAGAUGAAUAUGAACAAUUGGCCCAGAAACGAAUCACAGAGGAGAGAGAGAAAAAAGAUGGCAAGCCUGUGCCUCCCGUUAAGCGGGAGCUUCUCCGCCACAGAGAUUAUAAAGUGGAUCUGGAGUCAAAACUGGGGAAGACAAUCGUCAUCACAAAGACCACUCCACAGGCUGAGAUGGGAGGGUACUACUGCAAUGUCUGUGAUUGUGUAGUAAAAGAUUCCAUAAAUUUCUUGGAUCAUAUCAAUGGUAAAAAACAUCAGAGAAACUUGGGAAUGUCCAUGCGAGUAGAGCGCUCUUCAUUGGACCAAGUUAAAAAACGUUUUGAAGUAAACAAGAAAAAGCUGGAGGAAAAGCAGAAAGAGUAUGAUUUUGAGGAACGAAUGAAGGAGUUAAGAGAGGAGGAGGAAAAAGCAAAAGCCUACAGAAAAGAAAAGCAAAAGGAAAAGAAAAGAAAGGCAGAAGAAGAUCUCAACUUUGAAGAUGAUGAUGAAAUGGCCGCUGUGAUGGGAUUCUCAGGUUUCGGAUCCUCCAAAAAAGGCCAUUGAUAGCUCCUUUGAAUCAUUUGCUCACCAAGGCCUUCUCCGAAUAGGUAUCCCUGAACUGUAUGAAAAUUUGCAAGAACUUCAUUAUUGCUUUACAGGACCAUGCAAGCUUUCUAUCACACUGAUUCAACACGUGGUGGGUAACCUGUUUUUGGCCUUCGAUCAUAAGACAUCAGCAUAACUUUGUCGAUCUAAAUUGAGUUCCUUGUUAUAAUGAAGUUUUUGUUAAAAGGUUGUUUUGUACAUAGGGCUGCAUAUGCAUAAAUGUUUUGUGUGUUGGGUCUAUACUUUCCACAUAUUGAGAUUCUGAUUAAAACAACAUGACCUCUUUUGAAGACAAGACUUGAUGCUUCUAUUCCCUAACAUCUCUGUGUCUGUAGAUGUGGGGCAGACAAGGGAAUGACAAACCUGUUAAUUGUCAUUAUAGAGGGUUUUUUAUUAUAAGGAGACUGAUAGACUGUAAUUUGUGGUUAUUUUACAUUAAAAAAACAUUAUCUAAUAACCUUUCAGAAUGUUUCUACUGUUAAGUACAAAAAUUUG